GACAGAGGAACACAAAGCGAAUCCACAGAGCGAUAGCACCGGAACAAACAGAGCACAAUACCGCCAGCAAAGCAAAGCGAAGCGACGCAGCUGCACUGCAAUAUACUUCAUAACGACACACAGCGCCACAUCAGCUUGAAAAUGAGCUACAACACACGCGUAUCUUCUGAAAUGGCAAACGAAAUCGCCAGCGAGAUCUUUGACUUUGAAGCACAACACUGCCCCCUGGUGGAGAAGAGAAUGCAAGAUGAGCGUCCGCAGAAGGUGGGCUGGGUGGGAGACAACGGUCUCGAGUUGCGGGUGUCCGGCUAUGUGCGCUCCAUGAGACAGGCAGUGACGCUGGUCCUGGCCGUGGAGAAGAUGAAGAGACCGCACAGGAAAGCGAUCGGGUCCGAGCUUUCCGACGUAGACCUGCUGAACAUCUUGAUGGAGCACGUGAAUGAAGAGCACGUGAUGCUGGAGGUGAAUCCCGACUUGGAGAGCUUUGAGACCGAGCUGAGACGGCGCCGCUCCGACGAGCCCCACUCGAUAAGCGACUCGGAGAAGAAGGGCUGGGUGAUGAACGAGCUGGAUGGGCGCCCCAUGGAGCUGACAGCCAGCAUGCUGCAGGGCCCCAACAUCUCACAGCAAGUGACUCUGAGCCUCUCCACCUACAUACCGCAGACCCAGCCCGGAUUGGGGCAACCCGUGGUUCUGGGCAUCGGGGGCAAUAAUUACUUCCUGUCCUGCAACAGCCCACACAACUCACCCGUCCUGGAGCUUGAGAAGGUGCAGAAUCGGGAUGAUUUGAAGACGAUCAGCCUGAGCAGCGACGCGACCCGGUUCCUGUUUUACAAGCGAGACAGUGGCAGCACCUCCACUUUCGAGUCGGCUCGGUUCCCCGGCUGGUUUAUCAGCACCGCCAGGAACGUGGACCGCGUGAGAGUGGCCAUGUGUAACGGGAGAGUGUCCGCAGGGCGCGUCACCGACUUCCAGGUGUCGCGCAUUUGACGGGAGGGGCGCGACACGGAGCGACCCACACACCAAACCAAGCGUUAUUUGGUUUAAAUCUAUAUAUAAUGUAUGUACCAAGUACAUCUCUUUAUAAAAGAAAACGGUAAACACUUUGGUGUUCGGUUACCAAUUUCAGGUAGAAGGGGCAUACUUGUCCUACAAAAACAAAACUAUUAUUAUUAUUAUUAUUAUUAUUUGUUUGUUUAAAGGAGGCGUUGCACGGGUUCAGGGGUUUCAAAUUUAGUGACACGGGUAGGGAACUGGUCGGUCAUCCGAAUUGACGGUUCCCUCCUCUUGAAGAGACCGUUUGAACAGCCGUUCAGUGCCUCCUGCAGCUUUAAUGAGAUGACGCAUUUGGGCAAUUAACCCUUUCCGGCAUGACAUAUUAAAAAUAGAAGAGCGGAGGGGAUAAAGUCGAGUUUUUAUCAGUUUUUAUAGGUAACCCUUAAUAAUCAGCAAGGUCAUUUGUUCAAUUAAGUAUUUCAGAGAUCAUUUCGGAACAAAAAUCCGAACGCCAGCUGGUUUGAACCAGAGCCUCGCUUAAUGGGAUCAACGACUUCCAUCCUUGAGAAACGUGCGAUUUAAGGGUUACCUGUCAAACCAGCUGGACUGUGGCUCUCCGGGAGCGGGGGCUGGACACCCCUGUGCCCGCCGUGCCGGAAAGGGUUUUAAUAGCUGAUUUCUACAACCGUUUAAAAUCCUAUUUUUUAAAAAAAAAAAAAAAGUGCAAGCGACGUCUUGUCAAGACACGUUCUUCGCUUUUUUUAAAAUUUGAUUUUACGGGAUGUACCAAGUUGGGAAGAAAGGAGGAGGGGGGCGGGGUCCAGUUAUUAAUGUAAUGAAUUCAUAUUGAAUGUGACCCUGAGUAUAUCUUAAAUAACUGUCUGGAAGCAUUUCCACAGAGGCUGUUGUUGUAUAUGAUAGUUUAGGCUAUUUAUUUAUUUAUUUAUUGAUGUAUUUAUUUAUUUAUUUAUUGAUGGUUUGGGUUUUUUUUUUUUAAGCGAGUAAUGUUUCUUCAGGGCUCUUGAUAUUUUUCUAUCUAUUUAUUUAUAUUUUGUUAUCUAGUUUUUAGGUGACUGACGCUCAGUAUAAAAUUCUGAAUUUACUGCAGGUCCACACUGGGUUUGUUUUGUUCUGUUUUUUACUGCUGAAAAUUGUGGGUGGUUUUAUUUAUUUAUUUUAAAAGACCGUCUCUGGAAUUUAACCUUGAAAGUUAGGAUUUUGUUUUGUAUUCAUAAUUGAUAUAAGUGUGUAAUUUCCUGCCAUUUUAUUUAAAUAUAUGUUGUUAACUUAAUUAUUAUUUAUUUGAUUGUAUUGUCCUGUCGCCUGUGAAUCCAAAUAAAUGAUUGUUUUUAAAAUA